UAAACUCAUUUCUUUCAUGCAUAUUCAUGCACACUGCACAUCUGUGUGUUUUUGGGGUCAGUCGGCGGAAGAUGGCGGUCUGGAUGCUGCUGGAGCUGCUCUCUCCGCGGCGGAGGAUCCUUUAUAAGCGCACACACUGAACUCAAACACAACACAAGUCUCAUCUGGAUUAAUAUUCACUGCUUUUUCCGCUCGGGUAUGGACUGUUGGAGUGUUUUAGCAGGGUACAAGCACCUCAGACGCUUCUGUGGGAGACUUUGCAGGGAGUUUAAUGUUAUUAUUAUUCUGCUAGCCGUGCGGAGCAGCUAGCGGCUUUCUCCUCCACUUUAAAGCCUUCAAAUUGUAUAAAAAUGUCGGAUACGAAGGUAAAAGUGGCGGUUCGAGUCCGACCAAUGAACAGGAGAGAGAUUGAGCUCAGCACAAAAUGCGUGGUUGAGAUGGAGGAAAACCAGACUAUUCUUCACCCUCCGCCCUCCAAUGCAAAAGGAGAAAGCAGGAAACAGACAAAGGUGUUCGCCUUUGACCACUGCUUCUGGUCCAUGGACGAGUCCAACAUCCCGAAGUAUGCCGGUCAGGAGGUCGUCUUCAAGAGCCUCGGGGAGGGAAUACUGGAAAACGCCUUUCAAGGAUACAACGCCUGCAUCUUUGCUUACGGACAGACAGGCUCGGGGAAAUCCUUCUCCAUGAUGGGCAACGGAGAGCAGCCGGGCCUGAUCAAAAAAAAAAAAAAAAACGUGAAAUUACGAACCAAACUAUGUUCUGAUAGAAAUGUGUUUGCUGUGCAGAUUGGCUCAUUUUCUCUCACUGUCUCCGCUUACAGUGAACUAUUACUUUGUUGUUUGCUGUGAGUCCAGCAUGUAGUUUAGUUGCAUGUUCUCUCACAUCUGCGCCUCCUGCAGGACAUUGAGUCUCUGAUGUCGGAGGGGAAUAAAUCACGCACAGUAGCCGCCACUAACAUGAACGAGGAGAGCAGCCGAUCACACGCCGUCUUCAGCGUCAUCGUCACGCAGACGCUGUAUGACCUGCAGUCUGGGAAUUCUGGUGAGAAAGUGAGUAAGAUCAGUCUGGUUGAUCUGGCCGGCAGUGAACGUGCUUCUAAGACUGGAGCCGCUGGAGAGAGACUGAAGGAGGGCAGCAACAUCAACAAGUCUCUGACGACGCUGGGCUGUGUAAUUUCUGCUCUCGCUGAUCAGUCUGCAGGAAAAGGCAAGAGCAAAUUUGUGCCAUACAGAGACUCAGUGCUGACGUGGCUGCUGAAGGACAAUCUGGGUGGCAACAGUAAGACGGCAAUGAUCGCCACCAUCAGCCCGGCCGCUGACAACUACGAGGAGACACUCUCGACGCUGCGCUACGCCGACCGAGCCAAGAGAAUCGUCAACCACGCUGUGGUGAAUGAGGAUCCCAACGCCCGCAUCAUCAGAGAGCUGCGGGAGGAAGUGGAGAAGCUGAAGGUGCAGCUCUCGCAGGCUGAGUCUCUGAAGUCUCCUGAGCUGCAGGAGAAACUCCAGGAGUCUGAGAAACUCGUUCAGGAGAUGACCGUCACCUGGGAAGAGAAACUCAGGAAAACUGAGGAGAUCGCACAGGAGCGUCAGAAGCAGCUGGAGAGCAUGGGAAUCUCUCUGGAGUCGUCAGGGAUCAAGGUCGGAGAAGACAAGUGCUUCCUGGUCAACCUGAACGCCGAUCCGGCUCUCAAUGAACUGCUGGUUUACUACCUGAAGGAUCACACGCGUGUGGGAGCCGACACGUCCCAGGACAUCCAGCUGUUCGGCAUCGGGAUCCAGUCUGAACACUGUGUGCUGGAAGUCACGUCUGACGGAGACGUCACGCUCACGCCGGCAGACAACGCCAGGACGUGUGUGAACGGGACGAUGGUUUACUCCAGGGUUCAGCUGUGGCACGGAGAUCGCAUUCUGUGGGGAAACAACCACUUCUUCAGAAUCAAUCUGCCGAAGCUCAAGCGGCGCGAGCGACUGAAGGAGCCGGAGCGCGACUCUCCUCGCCAAAGCUUGUCCGAGGCCGACGCGGAGACGGCGAGCCAGGCCUCGUCCGAACAGGACUACAGCUACGAGUUCGCACAGAUGGAGGUCAUGAUGAAAGCGCUGGGGAGCAACGACCCCAUGCAGAAGGCGGUGCAUGCUCUGGAGAAGCAGUAUGUGGAGGAGAAGCGUCUGGCGCUGGAGGAGCAGCGGCUGAUGUACGAGCGCGAGCUCCAGUCUCUGCGGCAGCAGCUCUCGCCGGAGAAAGCGUCUCAGCACCAGCGCUGCAGCAGCUUCCCCACACACACCACACAGACCAAACUGCGUCUGUGGAGCGACGAGAGGGACGAGCUGUUUCGUCAGAGUCUGUCUCGGCUGCGUGAGCAGGUGGUCCGAGCGAACGCUCUGGUGCGAGAGGCUAACUUUCUGUCCGAGGAGAUGCACAAACUCACCGACUAUCAGGUCACGCUGCAGAUCCCAGCCGCCAACCUCAGCGCAAACCGCAAGCGUGGCACUAUAGUCAGUGAACCGGCCAUCCAGGUGCGACGCAAAAUGAAGGGAACGCAGGUGUGGACCAUCGAGAAACUAGAGAACAAACUAGUGGACAUGAGAGACUAUUACAGAGACUGGAGGGAAGGAACACAGGAGGUGGUGAACCGUCUGCACAGUAAGGCGGGCGAUCCGUUCUAUGAAGCGCAGGAGAAUCACAAUCUCAUCGGCGUGGCAAAUGUCUUCCUGGAGUGUCUGUUUCAUGACGUGAAGCUGCAGUACGCUGUUCCCAUCAUCAGCCAGCAGGGGGAGGUGAGCAGCCGUCUGUCUGGUAAACAGGCUGUUAUGGUGUGUUCACACCAUAGACUGUAUAAAAUGUUUCAUGACGUGAAGCUGCAGUACGCUGUUCCCAUCAUCAGCCAGCAGGGGGAGGUGCGGAUCAGAGAGGCCUCUGGUCUUCCUCUCAACCUCUCCAACUUCGUCUUCUGUCAGUACACCUUCUGGGAACAAUCAGAGCCCGCUGUGGCUCCGCCCAUCGUCAGCCCGGACACGCCCCCCUCACAGACGGCCGACGCCCACUUCACUGUGCGCUUUGAUCACUGCAGGGAUUUCCUGGUGCAUGUGACGGAGGAGUUUCUGGAGUUCAUCUCAGACGGCGCUCUGGCCAUCGAGGUCUGGGGUCACCGGUACGCUGGGAACGGCCGGUCUGUGCGGGAGCUGGAUGCACUGCAGGCCAAGAGACGCACGCUCAGAGACAGGUGGAGUGAAGUGUCACGUCAGAUCGAGCUGUGGGUCUCCAUACAGGAGCUGAACGAGCAGGGCGAGUAUUCGUCUGUAGAGCUUCAUCCCAGCAGAGACGUCAGCACUGCAGGAGUGUUUCAGCUGCGCCAGGGUCACUCGCGGAGGCUACACGGUGAGGAGGAUCUGAACUGUGUCCGGGAGCGCUGGUCUGAAGCCCUCAUCAAGCGCAGGGAGUAUCUGGAGGAGCAGAUCAAGAAGAUCAUCAAUAAGUCAGAGAAGUGCGAGGAGGACGUGGAGCGAGAGGCUCGGCUGGUGGAGCAGUGGGUCGCUCUGACAGAGGAGAGGAACGCCGUGCUGGUUCCGGCCCCUGGCAGCGGGCUCCCGGGGGCCCCGGCGCACUGGGUUCCCCCUGCUGGCAUGGAGGCUCAUAUUCCUGUGCUGUUUCUGGAUCUGAAUGCUGAUAACCUGACGGUGAACGAUCAGCUGACCGGUCCUCACGUCGCCGGUGUUAACUCAAUCCUCCCCAAAGAGCACGGCAGCCCGUUCUUCUACCUGCCCAUCAACAGACACAGCCAUGACGAGCUUUCGGCUGUGUGUUCCUGGGAUUCCUCCAUCCACGACUCCAUCCAUCUGAACCGGAUCACGGCACCCAGCGAGCGGAUCUACCUGAUCGUGAAAGCCACGGUUCAGCUCAGUCACCCGGCGUCUGUGGAGCUGGUACUGCGCAAGAGGAUCGCCGUCAACAUCUACAACAAACAGAGUUUCACUCAGAGCCUGAAGAGACGGAUGUCUUUGAAGAACAUUCUGUACUCCUGUGGAGUGACGUAUGAGAUCGUGUCCAACAUACCAAAGGCGUCUGAGGAGCCGGAGGAGCGCGAGACUCUGGCCUUGAUGGCGGCGCGAGGAGAGAGCGAGGAGACAUUCGAUGGAGAGACAUACAUAGAGAAAUACACCAGAGGAGUCCUGGAGGUGGACAAUAUUCUGUGUCUGGAGAGACUGCGGCAGGCCGUGACGGUGAAGGAAGCUCUCUCCGCUAAAGGCAGACACAUACGGCGCAGUCUCAGCACGCCCAACGUCCAGCACAGCUCUUGUUGUAAAUCGGACGGGACCGGAUGUGAGGAUGAGGAUGUAAAGACUCACUGCGAUGGUCACACAGACGUCACUGAAUCCAACUUACAUGAAACUUCACUCAACAGUCCUCUGUCAAAAGACACGCCUGUCAAAAACAAAGAGAAUCACGGAUCGGUGCCAGAGAGUCCAACGUUCUUCAACUCCAGUCCGUUUAAGGUUCUGUCUCCUCAACCGCCCAAGUUCCUCAAAUCUCUCUUGCCAGUGAAGGAGGAGAACAAAGUCAAGCAUUCUCUGGAGUCACGGCCUCUGCUGGGACAGGAGAGCAUGCGUUGGUUUGCGGCUCCUGGCGGCCCCUGGUCCAGACCCAGGGCUCAGAGCGAGGGCCGCGGUGAUAUCAUCAGCAGCUCGGCCAAUCACAGGCAGCCCAGACUGAGCACUGAUCUCACUCACACACGGCCGCACGCUGCUGAUUCAGAGGAGGAGGAUCCUUACAUGGAUUCAGCCUUCACCCGUUCCAACGACCCAGGCCUCGGGUCUCUGGAGCUCCAAAACUUCAAGCCUUACAUCCCCGAGGAUUUUGCCAACUUUGAGGUGUACAACACCAGCCUUGAGACCCAAGAGGGGGCUAUGUGUGUGCAGGGAGAGAUGGCACCCGGGAUCGGGGUGUUAACAGGGACACGGGCUGCGGAAAAAGAAGUGUCCCGUAGUCCCACAGCCAGCACAUGCACAAGUGGCUACUUCUCUCAUAGUGCCUCGAACGCCACGCUGUCCGACGUGCUCUUCAGCGGCAGCGAUAGUUGCGACCAGCUCAACAUUAAAGAACCUCCAGACCCUCAGGAAGCAUCGCACGGAAGAGGGUUGCAUCCUUCCAGAAGUGCCUCGGGAUCCUGUCCAGCCCAGACCAUUCCUGCUCAGCCUUGUUCCCGUCACUGCACCGACCUGGACUGUUCCCCUCGGCUUCCCCGCAAGUGUAUCCUGAGCGUCAGUCAAGAAUUCACAGACUUUAAGGGUGCAGAUGAUGGUGUAGGGGAAGAAGACCAUAGUAAAAUUGGAUGGAAGGCAGAAUCGAUUCCCACUGACUUCAAGGGUGUAGAUGAUGGCGUAGGAGAAGAAGACCUCGGUAACAUCAAAUGGAAGGUGGAAUCGAUGUCUCCAGACCUUAAGGGUGUAGAUCAUGGCGUAAAAGACGACCUUGGUAACAUUAAAUGGAAGGCAGAAUCGAUUCCUCCAAACUUUAAGGGUGGAGAUGAUAGUGUAGGAGAAGAAGACCUCAGUAACAUCAGAUGGAAAGCGGAAUCCGUUCCCCCAGACUUUAAGGGUGUAGGUCAUAGCAUAAGAGGCGACCUUGGUAACAUCGGAUCGAAGGAGGAAUACGUUCCCCCAGACUUUAAGGGUGUAGGUCAUAGCAUAAGAGACGACCUUGGUAACAUCGGAUCGAAGGAGGAAUCCGUUCCCCCAGACUUUAAGGGUGUAGGUCAUGGCAUAAGAGACAACCUUGGUAACAUCAGAUUGAAGGCAGAAUCCAUUCCCCCAGACUUUAAGGGUGUAGGUCAUGGCAUAAGAGAAGAUCUUGGUAGCAUUGGAUGGAAGGCAGACUCGAUUCCCCAAGCCAAAACCCAAGGCAUGGAUCCUCCACCCCAGUUCCAUCUCCACAAUGGGAAAGAGUCUCCCAGUAUCCCAGUACCUCAUGCCAAGCCACAGCUAGAAGCAACUCAAGGACUUGAGUCCUUUGAGGAUGCAGAACCUUUGGCAGACUCUAGUAAGGACGAGAAUGGACCAGUUGCUCAGUUGCCAGACUGGAUGGCCCCCGGUGAGCAAGUUUGGGUGGGCAAACGGAGUGGGACGGUGCAUUACGUUGGAGGGGUAGAGUUUGCCAAAGGCAUCUGGGUUGGAGUAGAGCUGGACCUUGCUGUAGGCAAGCACAACGGUACGGUCCAAGGAAGGGUGUACUUCCGAUGUGCCACAGGUCAUGGCGUCUUCGUGAAGCCAUCCUGUUUGACUCGAGGGCCUCCGUCCAUAGACACCGAACCUCAACCUGUAGGAGCAGGACAGUGACCCAAAUAGUUGGUAGAUGAUCUCUUCAACACCAGCACCAGCCACUGCCUGGACAAACCAAGUGCUAACAGAAUCCAUCCUUCUGAUUCGUUAGAGAUUUUUUGGUUCCCCUGAUUCCAUGGCAAUAACCCCUACCUGUGUGUCUUGUUGAAAUUAUAGGCCUAUUUCAGUAUCAUCUUUGAAUGUCGAGAGUUGCACAGUUGCACAAACUUGUUUUAUAUAUCAUGUACAGCUGUAAUACUAACAUCCUUCUUGGUUACUUGGUUACCACUUCUUAUAUGACUAAAUGUAUUAAUCAAACAUUGCCUAACACUACUUUGAGUGAGUUUGAGAUUUGGAUGCGUGUUCUAGGUAAGAAUGUACUACUGUUUAUGACCUUUUUGUUUGCGUGAUUAUAUCAGGUAUUACCAAAGACAUUGCCUUUCAAAUCUGCUGUGCAAACUUCUUACGUAGAUUACUUUGGCAAUGUGUUUCAUGCUUGUGUUUUAUGUAUAUGUGUUCGACUGAUUUAUGCUAAGUGCCAUAUUUCUAGUUGAAAGGCCACAUGCCCAUCAGAACUUCAAAAUUGUGGUCAGUUUUUUUGAGAUUUAAUGGUAUUUUGAUUGGACGGCAAUCCAGUUGCUCGUACUCUGUUGCGUUACUGGUUUGUUGAGUACUGUAACUGUUGAAGGACUGCCAAUAUUUCUAUUAACAGAGCUGUCUGAACGCUUGCACUGGAGUAACUUAUCCUGGAUGCACAUUAAGUUAUGUAAUGCACAGACUUUUACGCAUUCUCAGAUACUGAUUUGACGCUUCUCAGGAGGUUGACGGAAGUGAGGUCACCUAAUGCGGAGAGCACCAUGUUUUCUUUAUCAGACCAUUACCGGUAGGGAGCGUUAUUGCAAAACGCAGAUAACCCGGUCUGCUUCGUAUCGGCUAUAUGCCCUAAAGUACUGACACAAGCCCUGUUCAUGAACAGGGUCUUUUUAGAUAGUCGACUUCUAGGUUCACCUGCCUAAUAAUGAAGUUUUCGAGCAUUUAAAUCCAUGUGUGUUUGACUGUUGAGUAAGAUUUUAUUAGUUUGUGAUACUAAAGCCAAUAUUAAUGUUUUUUAUAGGUAUAAAUGGGAGAUGGGCAAUAUCGGGGAAAUUGGGACAUAGCCUGAAUAAUGCUAGUAUGUUUAGUGCCAUGACCAGUGCUGUUAUUAUUGCUGUUUUACCUGAAGAACUGUGGAUCUCGUAAGAAGUGAAUACUAUUGCUGUCAAUGGAGACGGUAAAAUGAAAACCCAAGACCUUACUUAAAAGAAAACAGCUGCUCUCCUUGACAAGGAGCUGUACAUAAAAUGUAUGAACAUAGUAUUUACAAUAUUAUAAAAUGUACAGAAUUGUAUUUAUAUUGUAUCUCUGCAGAUGCUGGUACAAAGAUGUUGUAGAAUACAGAACGUUU